UUCAGUCGGUGUGCGGAGCUGCGGACGCGCCUCUCGUGCUGCCAGCGGGACAUGUGAUAUUAGCGAGGACACACACGGACGGACGAUGAGGCCGACGGCCAUGUGGUGCGGCCUGGCCGCUCUCCUCAGCCUCGCGCUCCCGCAACACGCACGCAACGCGCCCAAAUCACAGGUGACAGAGCAAAACCUGCGGCACCUGCUGACGACCCAUGAGUGGCGCGACCUCUUCGGACCCGACGAGCAGCUCUUCAGGAACGACGAGGCUGAGUUCGUGCGUCGCGUGAGCGUGGUGUGGCCGCGCGAGUCGCGGCGCCGCCGUCGGCGCCGCAGCAAGUCGGUGCCGGCCAAGAGCGUGCGACUCAUUUUCGCCAACAACACCGUCCAACCACUCACGCUGCAUCUCGACCACUUGCCACCCUCCAGCAGCGUGGCGGACGAGGGUCUGCUGGUGUUGUCGCGAUUUGCCAACUCGACGGCGCAGCUGCCGGACUGGACGGUGCGGCGCGAGGAGCAGUGCCUGAUGCGCGGCGCCGCCACGCAGCCACCCGCUGGCGCCGGCCAGGCCGCCGUCUCGCUCUGCGGCGCCGUCAUUAGGGGGCUGGUGGCGCGCGAGCACGAGUUUCUGGUGAUCAGCCCUCUGCCGAGCCGCCUGCGGCGCCGCGCUUCCGCACGCGGCGCCCUCCGGGACACGCCCCACGUGCUCGUCAGGGGUCAUGCGCCCCCCGCCUCCCUCCACGACUUUGAAUGCGCCGCCGAGAGGGCGCUCGACCGCCGCAAACGAAACCUCAACCAAUUCUUCAGGCCGCGGACGGGGACUCGGGUGGGCGGGUCGCGGGGGUGGUGGAGGCCUUCGGCGGCGGCGGCUGCUUCGGGGCGGCGGCGAAGCGGGCGCGGGGUGCUUCAUCAGGGGCCGCUGUUUGUCGAGCUGGCCGUGUUCGUCGACCGCGACCUCUUCCGCCACAUGGCCGUCAACUUCCCGCGCGACACUGAGCGCGAGGUCACGCGCGUCGUCCUCGCCAUGGUCAACGCCGUGCAGCUGCUGUACCAGGACGCGUCGCUGGGUCGGGCGGUGACGUUCGUGCUGAAGCGGCUCGAGGUUUUGCACGCGGAGCCGGCGGGACUGACGCGCUCGCAUGACAUCGACCGCUUCCUCUCGAGCUUCUGCAAGUGGCAGCGCCUUGAGAACCCACCCCUCGACGCCGACCCUCUCCACUGGGACCACGCCGUCCUCCUCACCGGCCUCGACCUCUACGUCCAGCUCGGCGCUCCCGCCAACAGCAAGACUCCAGCAAAACUCUCCUCACAGGUCGUCGGUCUGGCUCCGGUGGGCGGGAUGUGUUCACGGGCGAGCAGCUGCACAGUGAACGAGGGUCGCCACUUCGAGAGCGUCUACGUCGUAGCCCACGAGAUCGGACAUAAUCUGGGGAUGCGGCACGACGGUCCCAUGUCAGACAACGAGUGCGACCCGGGCAGCUUCAUCAUGUCACCGACGCUGGGCUCGGGCAAGAUCACGUGGUCGCAGUGCAGCCGCCGCUACCUGGACGCCUUCCUCGAGACGGAGCAGGCGAGUUGUCUGUGGGACCGCAGCGUCCCCGAGCCGGCCCUCGACCACGCGGCCGGCGGACUCCUGCCCGGCGAACGCUUCUCCGCCGACCACCAGUGCAUGCUGAAGUACGGGAGCGGGAGCGUGCACGCGCGGACGCAGCCGCUGGACGACGUUUGUCGCGACCUGCACUGCCAGCGCGACCGGUACACGUGGACGUCGCACCCGGCCCUCGAGGGCACCACCUGCGGCCUCCACAUGUGGUGCCGCAGCGGGCGGUGCGUGGCGAGGGGAGCCGCGUGGGCAGCGGCCGGGGAGCGGGGGGCCGUGGCCGGGGGCUGGGGCGAGUGGACCCCCUUCUCCGAGUGCGCAUCCAGCUGUCUGCACGGCUCGGGCGGCCUCGAUGCCGGCAGCUCGGGCGUCGAAGUCUCCGUCCGCAGAUGCGACAAGCCCAGGCCCGAAAAUGGAGGCAAGCAGUGCGUGGGUAGCGACCGCAGGUACAGGGCUUGCGAGGCUGCUCAGAUCUGCUCGAACGUGCCGCGGACAACGUUGCGUGACUUCGCUGAUGAGGUGUGCGGACGCGCCAAGGAGGUGGACGCCGACCUGCUUGGCACCGGCACCCAGCGCGAGUCCUCGGACGCGGUGGAGGCGUGCGCCGUGUGGUGCUACAAAAAGCGCGGCGGUGCCAAGAACAGGGGCUGGACCUUCCCCGACGGUACAGCCUGCAAGGGGCUCUCCGCGAGCAACCGACGCGUGAGUCGGCGUUCAGGGGUGUUGCCGGGGGUGGGUCGAGGGCUGUGCGUGUCGGGGCGAUGCGAGUCCUUUUCGUGCGCCCUCGACGCCCCCUUCAAGGAGGACCACGAGAUCUGCACCCUGCACAAUCAUCGCGCGCGAAUCGCCUCCAAUUCCAUCCUUGCGACGAACGAGAGUUCGCAGGCGAUGUGGUCGGCGUGGAGGGCCGUGGGGGGCGGGGGUGGCAGGUGCAAGUCCAACUGCAUCGCGCCAGGUCGCGGCCUGCGCCUGGUCACGCGCGACUGCCACGGCGCCGCGUGCUCCUCCAACCUCGACGCGCGCAGCAUCCAACUCUGCGAACCUGAGGACUCAAAGAGUUGCGUGCGGCUGAAGACGCCGUUCGAACACGCCAGCGCCGUGUGUUCGCGCUACAAGGAAAGGGUGCGCCGCCUCUCGGGCAUCGGCAUGCAGAUUUCACCCUCCGUUGAGGACCCUGACCGACCUUGCAGGGUGGCGUGCCAGGACGAGGCGGUGCCGCACCGCUUCUACCUGGUGAACGGCGAGGAGGGGUGGUUCCCGUUUGGCACUGACUGCGGCCGCGGCUCUCGACAGGCCUACUGCGUCAGCGGCAAGUGCCUUGAGUUCGGCGCCGAUCUCACCCCCCGCCUCCUCCACCGCCUCUUCCCAGCCGCCGCCGUCCACCACCUCCUCCGCCCGGCGGCCCCCGAACGCCGCCGCCGCAGCGUCCUGCCCCCGGCCAACCACUCCGUCACCGCCACCCUCGACUCGGACACCCUCACCGACCUCAUCCACGCCAUUGAAGGUAAAACUGAAGAGGGGAACAUGGUGCUGCCGGUGGAGCCGUCGCUGGACCUGCACAACCCCAUCCACGUCAACAACCCGCCCCUGCUCACAGACAAAGCGGCGGCCGGAUUUGCGGCGAGCGAGAGGUCGACGGCCUCCAUGGUCUCAGGGUCGGUGGCCACCCUGCUGCUCGCCACGUCCACCCUCCGAAGGGGCGCUUAAUUCAACAGCGGCCAGCCAAAUUUCAGUGCUUCACUUCACAAAAGACAAAAGACACUCCUGCAUUUCUAUAAAUUGUUCGCCCAACACUUUUUUUUGUACAAAUAUAACUUUAUUUUACAAAUUAAAAAUAAACAUAAUGUUACAAUUUUUUUCUUCGCCACUUUGAAUGACCGCGCCUUCUAGGAUUGCAAUCGAAGAAAAUACUAAUUGCGACUAAUUGAAUAUUUAGUAAUUUGUAAUCAAAAUUGUAUAAAUUUAACAAUCAGCAUUCGGACUCGGACGCGUGCGAUGAAUUUUUGUCACUGUCAGGGCUGCAGCUGGAAC